CCCAUUUCUCCUCUAAAUAUUUUCCUUCUCCCCUAAACGAACAGAGAGAAACAUUAACUAUCAUAUAUAGAAGAAAAAACCAUCUUAUUGUAUAGAAUACUCAUCAAAACCAUAGAAUAUGCCUUUCAGGAUCAAUCCUCUACCUCUCAUCUUCCUCGUACUCCUCAUUGUUUGCUCUUCCUCACUAGUGGAAGGCUCUAUCCAACUGGGAGGCCUAAAGAUGCAUGAGAGUUUCAUGCGUUACAAGAGCGAGGAGAGGGAAGUGAACAAGAUCAUGAGCCACAGGAAGUUGAUGUUCCACUCGACUGCGGACUACGACGACGCAGGACCCAACCCUAAACACGAUCCAAGAAGGAGGGCCGGAGGCAAGCCUUGAAUCACUCGGCACACGAUUCUCUCUCUAUAUAUAUAUAUAGUAGCAUAUAUAUAUAUAAGCACAUGCAUGCACGGGUAUCUUUAUAAAUGAAUGUGUGUAAUCCUCCUAUUCUGAGAUUUUGUUUGAGGAUGAGAUCAGUGUACAAUACCCUUCAGAAACGCGUUCGUGAAAGGAGAUUAGUAUACUAAAUUAUAAUCACCUUGUUUUAUUGACAUAUAUGUAUGUAGUAUCCCUUAAUUCUCUGUGUACUUCGUUAUAUCGGAUAUUAAAUAAAGAGCGUUAUAGCUAUUUUUAUU